GAUCGCCGGUGCGCUGUGUCCCUCGGACACAGCGGAUCACGGAAAGAGCCGAAGAUGUCGGCUCAGUCAUGUGAUCAGCUGUGUCCAAUCACAGCUGAUCACAUAAGUGCCACCUGUCAGUGCUCAUCAGUGCCACGUGCCAGUGCCCAUCAGUGCCACAUCAAUACCACAUAUCAGUGCAUACCAGUGCACAUCAAUGCCACAUAUCAGUGCCCAUCUGAGCUGCCUUUCAAUGUCACCCAUCAGUGCCACCUAUCAAUGCCAAUCAGUGCUGCCAAUCAGUGCCACCUAUCAGUGCCAGUCAGUGUUGCCUAUCAGUGCGCUUCAGUGCCAGUCAGUGCCGCCUAUCAGUAUCAUGUAUCAGUGUCAUGUAUCAGUGCUGCCUUUCAGUGCCCAUCAGUGAUGCCUGUCAAUGCCCACCAG